GGUGGAUUCACGAUCAAGUCAUUGCGCUCUAGUGUUGUAAGCUGAUUGAAUCGACAAAUCUAUGACAACUUGUGCUGCAAGGAGAUAUCGCAAACAUCAUAGAAUCAUCGAACUAUGGCAACUCCAGAUUCAUCGCAACGCUCUGAUGUCAUUGCGCUCUAGUGUUGUAAGCUGAUUGAAUCGACAAAUCUAUGACAACUUGUGCUGCAAGGAGAUAUCGCAAACAUCAUAGAAUCAUCGAACUAUGGCAACUCCAGAUUCAUCGCAACGCACUGAUGGUAAAAAGAAUAACGAGGCGAACGAUUCUCAAAAGGUCGAAAGUAAUCUAUCAGGGCUGAAGCAUGCACUCCAUGGAGCAUCCUUUCAAUUGAAGCUUGGAAUAGUUGUUUGCCUGGCGAAUGCCAAAAAGUCUUUGGACCCAGCCAACGACUUCAGUUUCGAGGUCGCGGCAGAGGAUCCUUCAGCCGGAAAAUUCGAUGACAUCGUGUAUACUUUCAAGGAUGGUGGAAAGGCAGGAAUACUAAAGAUACAAGUCAAACACAAGUUGGGAUCGCCUGCUCCCAAAAUUACGGUGAAGGAUUUCACUACCAAUAGCGAUACGAAGAAUCCGUUUGCUAUUCUGAAGUAUUUCACCUCAUUCUGUGAUCAACAACAAUCGACAAAUGAUCUGGAAGGGUUUGUCAUUUGCACCAACGCAGAUAUCAACGACCAGGCAAAGAACAUCUGGAAAAUAGUAGAACCAGCUAUCACGAAGGAUUCGGCGCCAUCUCUCGAUUCCUAUGUCUCAUCAUUAUUCGAUAGUAUUGGAGCUAAAUACUAUCAACUGAAAUACGAUAAACUAUGGGCUGCCGAUGGAACGUAUAGCAAUUUAUAUCAACUAUUGCGAAAAUGUUCUAAGCGAACUAGGCUAGCCAAGCUACUGGUCGAAGCUACCAAAUCCAACAAGAGGAUAACGUCCUUCAAUUCCCUCUAUAAAGAGUAUCGUCAAGCCAUUUUGGAUGUAAUAGAUAAGAAUGAAACGUCGGCAAAUGACUCAUACGGGUUUACAAAAGAAUUUUUAGGUUUAUCCUCCGCGAACUUAAAGCCAGGGUAUGAAGCAUUUAGAAAAGAGUUUGAAGAUCAAUACCGACUAGAAUUCAACAUCGAUGGAUGUGUAUGGGAUGAUUUGAAACUGAAACGGGUGCAUGUUUCGAACGAUUAUCUGUCGGACGAAAAAAAUAAAUAUUCUUCCUCAGAUUCAUUACCGAAUGAUGAUGUGGAUGAAUGCUUUAAAUUAUUCUGCGAACGACUUCGUUUAGUGUGUGGCACCCUAGGGGAGCAUGAGCUAGAUGACGCAAUAACUAAAAUUUGGAGAAAUAUGCAAUAUGACGAUGAUCAGUUGGUUCCUGAUCGACUCAAAGGGUAUAAUGAGGAGAAUAUAGCCGCCGAAAGGUUAUUCAAAACUAAUUUCGAUUGGCUUAUGGAUCCAUUUGCUAAGCCGUUGCGUUCAGACGACAUUAAAAAAGAUUUUGAGAAAAUUAAAGGCACACUAGCACAUAUGAAAUUAGAGUCUAUCUCUGAUAAACUACGGGAGAAUGUUUUGGAGUCGUCAUUUCGCGUUAGUGCCGAAGCACUUCAAAAAUCUGAAUUACAUGAGCAGGUUAAAAAUAAAAACGUUGUGCAAAUUGAGGCAUUCGAUAUCCAUUUUAGCGCUACGGUGCUAUUAGACAUAUUGAAAUUACAGAGCAAAGAUCAUAGUACGACACUAUUUCUAAAUGAUUCUGAUUUCAUCACAAAUUCAGACUCUGUAGAGGCAGUGCUUCGGUGUGGCGAGUCGCCCAAUUGUUUGAUCGUUAUUUGCAACGAGUCGUUUAAUGCGGUUCAAAGUAUCGCACAGAAAUGGGAAACGGAUAUCCUAAAGGAUAACAAAAAACAAAUAUUUCUUAUCAGGAAAACGAAUAACAUUCCAUCUGAUCUUAACUGCUUUCAAUUUUGUGACUUGACAGAAGAAUCGUGGGAGCGAUUCCGAAAUGAGAGCAUUUCUUUAUGCGGAACGACCAUUUCCCCGGAUAAAAUAUUUCAGAAUAAUUUCACCGAACAUUCAAUCGAUGAAAUUAUUAAACUUUUAGAAUGGGGAAAGCAAAUGGAAGAGGACAGCGAAAUUUCGAAAAAAUAUCGUGAAAUUGAAAGCACUUAUGUUCAUCGACCUUGGGUUGGAGAGAAAAACAAACUGAAAGCGGAGAACAUAGAGUGGAGUAAAGUUUCCCGAGAACUGAAAAGCUUAAAAGAACUCCAGCAAGAAGGAAUGAGCUUCGUAGAAAUAACGCAACGGUUAAAGAAAACCCCGGAUUUUGAUCAAAUGUUCGGAAAGACAAAUCAUGCCGAGGAAAAGAAUGAACCAAUCAUUGGCGACGAAGGAAAAAAGGUGUUGAUAUUGCUUGGAGAAGCGGGCAUCGGUAAGUCAACUAACCUCACAUGGUUGGCUUGGCAUUUGCGGCAACGCAAUCCUUCAUCCUGGGUUGUUCGCUGUAACUUAUCCGAUCACUGUACCGAUUUUAAACCAUUUGCAUCUGGUCCAAAGAGUAAGGAGGGAAAGGUAAUCGAUGCAACGGAAGCGAUAAGAAUGUUGUACAAGCUGGUACAUUCAUCACUUCAACUGGAACGGAAAAUGGCUGAGAAAUGUUCAAAAUGCAUAGUUCUUUCGGAUGGAGAAGCCAAAGUGAGCGAAGAUCUAAUGAAGCAGCGCGGUCUAUCCUUCAGCAACUCUAUCCAGCUGCUUGUAUUCAAAGAGAAGUUUAAUGCAGGGGAAUUGGUGUUACUGCUGGAUGGGUUUGAUGAAAGCGCUCCUAAUUACAAAGAUGUGGUUUUAGAGUUCCUCUCUUUGUUCAAUCAAUUUAAAGGUGUGGGGAAAAUGUAUGUUACCACCCGUCCAUAUGGGUUCAAAACUCAAUUUCAAGCGUUUUUCAAUGAUCCCUCGUUUUUCCAACUGCAACCUCUAUCGCUACAAGUGAAAGGGUGCAUCCUCUUAAAGAUGAUGAAGGUAAAAUGGAAUAAUGGAAAUAUUGAUGAUAAAGAGGUAUCCGAUAACUAUAAAUCGUUGUGUAUAAUGUUGCUUUGUAGUUUAGGUGGCAUGAGUGAUAUCCCAUUAAACAUGAUGAUGGCAAUGAACAUUCUCGCGAAUCGUGUUUAUUAUAAUCAAAGCAUUAGUUUAAACUUUGUUUCGAAAACGUUUAGCAAAAAAUAGAUAGAUAGCUUGGCGCAAUCUUAGACUUAUCAAAGACAUUGUUCAUUGUGGAAGAAUUUGUGAAAAUCAAGGUUCGACAUCUUCUCUAUGGUAAAAAUGGGGCUGAUAAACAUGUAGCAGAUAAACCAGAAGAAAUGGAAAGAUUUGAGGAGGUCGUUAACGAAACGAAAUUACUGCAUGGACUGGUAGCACUUUGGGUUAUUUUCUGCGAAAAUGAGCUGUCCGAUAGCUUAUCAGAUACAGAGAUGAACAUGGCGAAGGAUUAUCUAGAUAGAAUACUUGAAGGUAGCGAAAAAACUGGAAUAAUUCAUGAAAUCCAGGAUGGCGUUCCUAUGUUUAUUCAUCGAUCAUUUGCUGAAUACUUGGCUGCUUGGUGGGUUGUCCAGCGACAAAUAGAAGGCAAGCAACAAUGCACGAUAAAGAUAUCUAGUCUAGAAUCGUUCUGGGAUAAGGAGCGUAAAGAGCUUCGAGAGAAUAUUGAUACAAUUCUUGCCACAAACCGGCCGUUACAUUCGGCUAUUAUUGAAAGAGAUUGGAAUAGAGUAGAAGCACUACUUUCUGCAAAACCAGAGCUACUCUGUGAGAGAGAUGCAGGAAAAAGAACUGCAUUCCAUCUUUUUGCAUUAUAUUAUGAUUUUGAACGUGACUGGCCAAACUUUUUACCAAAUUCCAUCGAACCUGACAUAAGAAACACUGAAGAAAAAAUAUUUGGUUGGACUGCUUUAAAUUUUGCGGUCCAUAUGGACAAGCCACAAUUGAUAUCUUAUCUUUUGGGUAAUGAGUCCUCGAUAAAUGACAGGUAGAUGUUCUUUAUGAGUAGGUAGUUUCCGCUGGAAAAUAUAAAAUUCGUAAAGCUGCCAAAUAUGCUACACACAAUGUACAGAAAAAGUUUAUCCAUCCAUGCAAGAAAUAUCUCCAUUAUUUUCAGCCAACAAGCCAUCAAAUGGGCCCCAAAAGAUGCGCUUGAGAUUAAGGAACUCAAAUGCACCCUUGAAAUGGAGAGAAAAAACUAUUACUUUAUUAUUUUAAAGUGAAAACUAUACAAUAUUUUAAAAUACAGUACAUUGAAUUGUAUGGAAUGA